AUGAUUUCCCCCUUAAAGAGACAACAAAAACAAUCCAAAUUUGCCUCCACAAAACAGCCCAAUUUACAACAAAAUCAGCCCUUUGUAGGGGACAUUCCAGCCAUUCAAAUAACACAAAUGACGUUGGAUGAAGAAGAAAAUUUGAGUUUGAAAGAAGAAAAACAAACAAAAUUGUUACUAGAAUUAACAGAAAAUUCAGAAAAAUCAACAAAAACAACAAACACAACAAUUAAUAGUUGUAGACAACAAGUAUUUGAUAAUAGCCUCCUCAGUGCUAAUAAAUAUCAGGACCGUUCUGCUUUAAAUAGGCAGUCUACUGGGACUUUAAAUAGGCUAAUGUUGGUAGCGCAAGCGUUGGAAACUGAAGUGGAUUGGAGGCGUCGCAAUGAUGUUAGUACUUCCCGUGUUGUUUUUACACUGAGGAUGGCUAAUAUUAUACUCCUCGUUCUAGUCAAUCUACUAAUAUUCUCAGGUGUAGGAGUAUACCAUGACAGGAAUGGAAUUAAAAUAACUUUGUUUCUUACACUGGAUAAAUGGAAUUAUCAACCAAUUUAUUCUAUGGAUGAACUGCCUAUGACAUUUUCUGAAAUGAAUUUAACGGGCCAAUUUUUCGCAGCUUUCUUAUCCAUAGCAAUGCUAUUGGUUACAGUAAUGCUUCAAACAGUUCAUUGUUUUCAUGUUAAACACUCAAAAAUGAUUGUGAGUUUAAUACGUUAUAAAUUUCCUUCUAGUAGCAGACAUGGUUGUUCGCCGAGGGGGGAGGAAGAGGGCCACUGGGAAAGCGAGCAGCGACACAUGGGGGGGGAUGGAGACAGAGAAAAUUUUCUUUCGUCACGGGAGGGGAACGGGGAAGUAGUAAACUUAUAGCAGCAACGGAUUUGCUCAUUGAUACGGAUACAGAUAAUAUAAAAAUGAACGCGGAUAUCCAGCUAAAUCCGUCUUAAGUAUCCGGAUACGGAUGCCAAAAUCAGUAUUCGUGAGCAGGUCUUGUAGUAGACAUAUCCGCGGACAUCUCUCUUUAUUGUCUUCCGUUAUUCGGUUUACUCCUCGGGGUAUUCCCCGGGUCCCCAGGUUCUGAUCCUCGGGUUUAUAUUGGCUUCUGAUCCUUUAUUGUCUC